AUGGAUGAGGAAACAACAGGCGACUCGGAGCCCUUGCUGGAAACGCCAGGGCCGGCUGAGCUGAGGAAACCGGUGCUCUUCAGAACUUACAGGCGGCGAUGGUUCCUGCUGGUGGUGGUCUGCCUGCUGAACUGCUCCAAUGCCAUGCUAUGGCUGACGUUUGCUCCAGUGGCUGACAAAACAGCAGCCUACUUCCACAUCUCCAUGGAUACGAUUAACUGGCUGUCCCUGGUGUACCUUCUCAUAUCUAUCCCGUUUGGACUGGUGGCCACCUGGAUUCUCGACACCGUGGGACUCAAGUGUGCUGUGAUACUUAGUGCCUGGCUGAACAUGGUUGGGAGCGUCAUCCGGACUUUCAGCGUCAUCAACUUCCUGAGUCUGGGAUCCCUGACCUACACGUACCUGUUCAUAGGACAGUGCCUCUGUGCUCUGGCUCAGCCGCUUGUCAUUUUUUCUCCAACAAAACUAGCGGCCCUGUGGUUCCCAGACCACCAGAGAGCUACAGCAAAUAUGAUCUCUUCAAUGUCUAAUCCCUUGGGAAUUCUUCUAGCUAACUUGCUGUCCCCUACACUUGUGUCUGAAGAAAAAGAUAUACCAGUGAUGCUUGGACUGUACGCCAUCCCUGCAGUUACAGCCUGCAUCCUAGCCACGGUUGGUGUUCACGACAAGGUCCCUCCAACUCCACCAUCAGCAAGCGCCACUCAUUCUACCUCGCAGCCAUUUUUCAAAGGCUUGAAAAUGCUUCUGAGAAAUAAACCAUACGUCAUCCUGAUGGUCUGUUUUGGAGCAGGGAUUGGGAUGUUCACCUGCUUUUCGGCUCUUCUGGAACAGAUCCUGUGUGUAAGGGGGUAUUCAAAUUUCUUUGCAGGCCUGAAUGGUGCGUUGUUCACGGUGUUUGGGUUACUUGGCGCUUUCCUUCUGGGACUGUACGUCGACAAGACCAGAAAAUUUAUAGAAUCCACCAAGGUCUGUUUCUGCCUGACUGCGCUAGCCAGCAUCGCAUUUGCAGUCAUGUCUCGGUUCAGGAACCAGGCCGUUCCACUGGCUCUGAUCAGCUCGCUGUUUGGGUUCUUUGGAUUUUCUAUCUACCCUGUUGCUAUGGAGCUAGCGGUAGAAUGCUCCUACCCGGUGGGAGAGGGAACAUCCACAGGCCUCAUUUUUGUUUCAAGUCAGAUCCAAGGAGUGAUCCUAAUGCUGCUAUUGCAAGCCCUCACGGUGCAGAUUUCCACAGCUCCAUUCUCCACCUGUGACAUUGAGGAAGGUGGAGCAUUAGACUGGACAGUUUCCACACUGGUGAUGGCUGGAGCAUGCAGUGUUGUAGCCUGCUUCUAUGUCAUCUUCUUCCACACCGACUACAAGAGACUCCGUGCCGAAGCAUCGAAUGCCGCCUCAAUCAACAAAAUUGGAACUGAAGCAACAGCUCCUGAAGCCUAA